AUGAAGCCAAAAUCCAAAACCCACACAAAGACUAAAAACUCCAACUCCCUUUGGAUAUGGAAUACAAAUGACAGCAAGAGAAAGAAUGGGAAUCAAUUCCCGGUACCCGAAUUCCUUCAAGACGGUUACAAGAAAGUAGAGGAAACCAUUCUGGGUCCUGGGGGCGGUGUUGGAAUCGGAUGUGGUAUUGGAGCAGGCUUCGGGUUGGUGGGUGGACUCGGGUAUGGUAGCUGGCCAUGGAACAACACCAAGCUAGUUUUUGGGGUUGGUAUGGGUUGUGGGGUUGGGUUCGGGUUUGGAUAUGGAAAUGGGCUCGGGCAUGGUUUUAGUUUAGAUUCUUUGGAGUCUUACUUCAAGAAGGCUGGAUUCUAA